AUGUCUUCUAUGCGGGGCCUGGUUCAGUUCAUUGCGGACCUGCGCAAUGCCAGAGCUCGUGAGCUGGAGGAGAAACGGGUGAACAAAGAAUUGGCCAACAUUCGGCAGAAAUUCAAGUCUGGGAGUCUCGACGGAUAUCAGAAGAAAAAAUACGUGUGCAAGCUGCUUUAUGUCUAUAUUCAGGGGUACGAUGUUGAUUUCGGCCACUUGGAAGCUGUCAACUUAAUAUCAUCCAACAAGUAUUCCGAGAAGCAGAUCGGAUACCUGGCAGUGACAUUAUUUCUUCAUGAAGAACACGAGCUGCUGCAUCUUGUUGUGAACAGCAUCCGAAAAGACCUGCUGGAUCAUCAUGAACUCAACAAUUGUCUGGCUUUACAUGCGGUUGCCAAUGUUGGGAGCAGAGAGAUGGGUGAAGCCCUCUCAACUGAGGUUCACCGGCUGCUAAUAUCUCCUACCUCAAAAGCGUUUGUGAAAAAGAAAGCUGCUCUUACCCUCCUCCGACUCUACCGAAAAUACCCUAGCAUUGUCCAAAAUCAGUGGGCAGAGCGUAUAAUAUCUCUGAUGGAUGACCCAGACAUGGGCGUUACUUUAUCUGUAACAUCGUUAGUUAUGGCGUUGGCGCAGGACAGGCCAGAGGAAUACCGAGGAAGUUACGUCAAGGCUGCUCAACGGUUAAAGAGAGUCGUUGUGGAUAAUGACAUUGCACCGGACUAUCUUUAUUACCGGGUCCCCUGCCCGUGGCUCCAGGUUAAACUUCUGCGUUUGUUACAAUAUUACCCCCCAUCAGGGGAUAGUCAUGUCCGCGAUAUCAUUCGCGAGUCUCUCCAGCAAAUAAUGCAGAUCGCAAUGGAUACACCGAAAAACGUGCAGCAAAACAAUGCCCAGAAUGCGGUCCUUUUCGAAGCGAUCAAUCUCCUCAUCCACCUUGACACUGAGCAUAACUUGAUGAUGCAGAUAUCCUCACGCUUAGGAAAGUACAUUCAGUCGCGCGAGACGAACGUGCGUUACCUCGGUCUAGAAGCUAUGACGCACUUCGCAGCCAGGGCUGAAACCUUGGACCCGAUCAAGAAGCAUCAAAAUAUAAUUCUUGGCUCACUUCGGGACCGAGAUAUUAGCGUGCGUCGAAAGGGUCUUGACUUGAUUUACAGUAUGUGUGACUUGACAAACGCGGCACCGAUUGUGAACGAAUUGAUGCGGUACCUCCAAUCAGCGGACUACGCGAUACGGGAGGAGAUGGUUUUGAAGGUUGCCAUUCUCACGGAAAAAUAUGCCACUGAUGCGCAAUGGUACAUUGACGUUACAUUGAAACUUUUGUCUCUUGCUGGCGACCAUGUCAACGAUGAGGUAUGGCAGCGGGUCAUUCAAAUCGUGACGAACAACGAGGAACUCCAGGCAUACGCUGCGCAAACACUUCUUACAUACCUGAAGAGUGACUGUCAUGAGAGCCUGGUUAAGAUUGGCUGCUAUGUCCUCGGUGAAUUCGGACAUUUGGUGGCAGACAAUCAAGGAUCAAGCCCCAUAGAGCAGUUCCUCGCUUUGCAAGCUAAAAUGAUGAGCAGCACAGACAACACCCGUGCUAUGAUCCUAUCUUCUUUUGUCAAAUUCGUCAACCUUUUCCCUGAAAUCAAGCCACAGCUCCUACACAUAUUCCGGCUAUACAGCCACUCACCAGACCCUGAACUACAGCAACGCGCUUUUGAAUAUCUGUCGCUGGCGACACUUCCAACUGACGACCUUCUACGAACCGUUUGUGAUGAGAUGCCUCCAUUCUCUGAGAGAGCUUCGAUCUUACUUUCCCGUCUCCACCAGAAGACGGCCGGGACAACCGAUAAGAAGACCUGGGUUGUAGGCGGCAAGGACGCCAAUACGGACAGCACAGAGAUAUUGAUGGCACAGAGCACGGGUCUUAAGCGCACUUUUACUACAAUUGUGAACGGCACACGGACAGGAACCAACGGAACAACUGGAACGGCGAGCGCCUCAGGGGACUUAGCUGGACUCGAUUUGAGUGCAUCGUCCACGCCACCACCGCCUACUACGAACAUGGCCAGCGCCGCAAAUCUUUCGCCAGACUGGGAUAUUGGAUACAACAGGCUGUACUUUGCUGAUGAAGGCGUAUUGUUCGAGGAUGCCCAGAUCCAGGUUGGCGUGCGGUGUGAAUUCCGGGGCCAUUUGGGAGUGCUGAAACUCUACAUAAGCAACAAGUCGUCUUUCUCCAUCGGAUCCCUAACUACGACUGUGGAUAAUCCAUCUGCCCCGCAUCUAAGGGCUGAUUCCAAGAGUCUUCCAGAGCCUUCAGUUCCCGCAGCUGGCCAAACGCAGCAAACCCUUUUCUUCGAAGCUAAAGGCCCAUUUUCUGACGCACCUACGAUUCGUAUCUCGUACCUUGCGGGUGCACUACAGGCUUACACUCUGCAGCUCCCGAUUCUAAUGCAUCGGUACCUGGAGCCUUCAAGCCUAACGGCAGAAGAUUUCUUCAAACGGUGGCGGCAGAUUGGUGGCGCUCCACUGGAGGCGCAAAACACGUUCGGGCUCGUGCCGAAGGCAGGGCCCGUCAGCGAGAGCUUUACAAAACGGCUUGUGGAACAAUUUGGCUGGAAGCUCCUGAGUGGCGUAGAUCCGAACUCAAUAAACAUCGUAGGCUGUGCGGUGUAUCACUCUGCGCAAGGAAAGAUCGGAUGUCUUCUUCGAUUGGAGCCCAACUAUGAGCGGAAGAUGUACCGAGUAACGAUCCGAGCCACACAAGAGGGAAUACCCCAAGCGCUGGCGCGGCAGAUGGAGCAGAGGCUAUCGCAUGGUCCGUUGUCAGACAGGACCUAUAUUCGCGAAAAGCCGCGAGCGGUUAGCCCUAGCGAGGAUUAUAUAGGCUACUAA